AUGGAACUAGGAAAUCAAAAUCACACAAGUGUUUCAGAAUUUUUACUUCUGGGAUUUUCUCAAAAUUCAGAAGAUCAACCAAUGCUGUUUGGAGUGUUCAUCCUCAUGUUUGUAGUCACAGUGCUUGGGAACCUGCUCAUCAUCCUAGCCAUCAGCUGUGACUCCCACCUCCACACUCCCAUGUAUUUCUUCCUCUCCAACCUGUCCUUCACUGACAUCUGUUUCAUCUCUACAACCAUUCCAAAAAUGCUGGUGAACAUCCAGACACACAGUAAAUCCAUCACCUAUGCAGGCUGCAUCACCCAGAUGUAUUUUUUCAUGGUUUUCGGAGGCAUGGACACAUUCCUCCUCACCAUGAUGGCCUAUGACAGGUUUGUGGCUAUCUGUCACCCCCUUCACUACUCAGUUAUUAUGAACCCCCAACUGUGUGGCCUGCUUGUUCUUGUGUCAUGGUGCCUCAGCUUCUCAUAUUCUCUGAUCCAGAGUCUAUUGAUGCUGCGGUUGUCUUUCUGCACCAAUUGGGUACUUCAACACUUUUACUGUGAGUUGGCUCAGGCACUCACACUAGCCUGCUCAGACACUCUGGUCAAUCACAUUCUACUCUAUAUGGUGACUGGUCUCCUUGGCUUUGUUCCCUUCUCAGGGAUCCUUUUCUCCUACACCCGAAUAGUCUCCUCCAUCCUGAGAAUCCCAUCAACAGAUGGAAAACAUAAAGCUUUUUCUACCUGUGGUUCUCAUUUAUCUGUUGUUUCUUUAUUUUAUGGUACAGGCCUUGGUGUGUAUCUCAGUUCAGAUGUUUCUUCCUCUUCCCAGAAGGGCAUGAUGGCCUCAGUGAUGUAUACAGUGGUCACCCCUAUGAUGAACCCCUUUAUCUACAGCCUGAGGAACAGGGAAAUUCAGAGAGCCCUAGAAAAACUUUUUGGAAGGAUAACACAUGUGACCUUUAAGCCUCUCUCUUGA